AUGUUUUUCUCACCCUUCAUCACUGGCCUCCUCCCAAUUCUAGCAGCUACUUCCACACAAAUCGAAGCUCCCCAGCAUCCCAGCAUAUUCAUCCUGAGCGAUCAUGCAUCCAGUACCUCAGCACUGGGAAAUGCCCUCCAAACUUUAGGGUACACGCACAUCUCCGCCGAAACAUUAAACAGCUCGUUACCACAACUCAGCACACAUACAUUUACCGAAAUUUCUAUGGACGGCGCGUCAAAUGAGCUCAUGAUCCAAUACCCAAAUACAAAAUUUAUCGUUCCUGUCUCAUCGCCGCGGAAACACGGAGAUGGAGAAAGUAAUGUGGAGAGAAGACCCUGCGCUAACAGCUGGCUCAAUCAUUUGGCUACGUGGAGUAAAUUAUCGCAAUAUACCUCAAACGUCCAUGCAGCCGAGGACGUCACCAUUGCUCAACCCGAGAACUCAGAUUCCGCCGUCACGAGCUCGCUCAAAAGGGAGGGAAGAUUAUUAGAAAUUGCUCUCGAUGAGCAAGAGAACUAUAGAGGCGAGAAAUGGUUGAGAUUGUGCAAGUUUUUAGAUUUGGGAUAUAGUGUGGUGGAAAGAUUAAAUUUGAAGGAAUUCCCUUCUUCGAUGGGACAGGAGAAGAAAGCGGCGGGCUGGGGCGGAAGUUUUGGAAUGUGGAGAUUGGUCGUGCAGGGGAGUGGUGUUUGA